AUGUCUUCCAACGUUCCCACCAACGAGCAGAACGCCGCUGUCGGCGCCGGAAGUGAUGACGACUCCAUCUCCUCCCUGUCCUCUCAGGCUGCCAACAUGAACCUCGACCGUUCCUCUCCUCCUGCCGUCCUGUCCAGCGAGGCCUCCGACGAGGAGGGCGACAUUACUAUCAUGAAAGAGGACAACCCCAGCGACGAGGAGGGUCCAGAUGAGGAGGGUCAGAUGCCGUUCCUGGACAAGUAUGGUGAGCCCGUCACGGAGGGCACGCCUCCGGAGGACUUCGGCUGCUGGCCGGAGUACCUGCUCUUCUGCAAGCAGGGGCCCAAGUUGAAGAUCCGGCUGGCGGUCGUGAAGGCGGGGGUAGCGGUCGGCUACCGAAAAGUCGACUACUCGAAGAAACUCCUGGUCGACCACUCCGAGUACUUCCGCGGCCUGUGCCGGGCCGGCAUGGCCAUGGCCGAAGGCGAGGUUGGCCACCUCAACCUAAACGACAUCGACAUAGUCAGCUUCGAGCGACUAUACAUGGUCAUCUCCUCGGGCCACCCGGCGGCCCACCACAACAUCGGCCCGUCCUUCCGGACGCUAUCGGACCUCCUCGACUGCGCGGUCCUCUGCGACCGCUUCAUGAUGAGGCGCAUCGAGGGCUGGGUCAGGAAGAUGAUGGCCGACUACAUGACGGAGAUGGCCGGCUGGUCGGUGCGGUACCAGCAGGAGGUCAUCGCGCACCCGGGCGCGGGCCUCCUGGCCCAGCACCGCGAGAGGGUCCUCGACGUCUCGGACGCGUACGAGCGGACCAUCAGCAUGAGCGGGGACAGCAUCAACCUGCCCCUCCAGCCGCACCGCUACGUGAGCUUCCUCAUCAACGCGUGCCCCCGCGUCCUCCUGGCGCAGAUGGUCCAAGAGUUCCCGCCGCCACUGGUCGUCGAGCUCAGCAAGGAGAUGCUCGUGCCCAGCUAA